AUGUCCUUGUUUGGACGACCGGAUGAAAUUCUGACCGAUAAUGGACCACAGUACACAGGACAGGCUUUUCAACUGUUUGUGAAACGGUGGGGGAUACGACACGUCACCAGUUCUCCCCACUACCCCAAAAGCAAUGGGUUCAUCGAAAGACACGUCCGGUACAUCAAAGCCAUUGUCAAGAAAACACAGCAAAACAAAAGUGACCUACACAUAGCUUUGCUACAAGUAAGAGCGACACCUAUUGACAGCAAGCUGCCUUCACCUGCAGAACUGCUCUUUGGUAGGACUGUCACCACCCUACUGCCAAGCCGAGCAGACUCAGGUAAAGUGGGACACCGUCAGCACCUGGCACACAGAGCAGCUGUGAUGAAGGAACAUCACGACCGCAGCUGCCGCAGAGAACUACCUCCACUCCGUCCUGGACAGCAUGUGACCGUGUGGAAUAAAGAGAGAAGGACAUGGCACCCAGCAGUUGUCCAGCAAAAGUGUAAUGAGCCAAGGAGCUACGUUGUCCAGACACCGAAUGGAAACAUGAUCAGGCGUAGCAGGAGCCAUCUGCGUGGACCCUACAACACGCAGGUGCAACAGACUGUGAAAAGAACCCACCUGGUAGAACCACCAACACUGGAUGAAGACCAGGAGGAUCGCAGUGACCCAACACAGCCUGCACCUUCCUGUGAAACCGAAAGUAAACCACCAGACCCCAACAACCCUCAGACAGUCCGUACACGAUUCGGAAGGGCUGUGGUCAAACCAAUGCACUACAGAGACUAUGUCUAA